AUUGAACUUAUUGCUCAUGGUGGGUUUGGGAAUGUUUAUAAAGCAAUUUGGAAAGAUGGUCCACUUAUAAAUUAUAAACAACCUUGGAACUUCAAUAAAUCUAAAUGGCGAAGAAAGAGUAAUUAUAUAGUAGCGAUAAAGAAAUUCCGGAAUACAACCCAUGCCAGCUCAGAGUUUUUGGAUGAGAUUAAUAUUAACAUGAAAAUGAACACCAUAUCUAGCAAUGUCGUCCGGAUUUAUGGAGUGACCCGUGAUCUACAAAAUGGAGAAUACGCCAUUGUUACUGAAUUCAAAAGUGAUGGCAAUUUGAGGGAAGUGAUAAAAAAAAGACACAGUGAACUAACGUGGUACGAGAUUCUGUGCAUGUUCUUAAAUAUCAGCAAUGGACUAUUUUUUGUCCACAAGAAAAAUUAUUACCUUAAGGAUUUCCACAGCGGUAACAUCUUGAACUCAAUUGACAAAUACGGUAUUUCCCCAGAAAUUUCAGAUUUCGGUCUGUGUCGUCCUAUGGAACAGAGUUCCGCGGAUAAAACACUAUGUGGUGUCUUAUCGUUUGUCGCACCUGAGGUAGUGAUCAGUGGAGAACCGCCUUUUAUUGAUAGGGAUUAUGAUGAACAUUUGGCUUUGUCUAUUUGCUAUGGCCAACGUCCACAAAUUCCAGAAUAUACACCUGAACCAUAUGCUGAAUUAAUGAAACGUUGUUGGGAUCCUAUUGCUACCAAUCGUCCAACAGCUAAGGAAUUGGAGAACCAGUUUUGGAAUCUAUUUAAUGUUUUGAAUAAUAACAAUUCAAUCGAACUUAGUGAGGAUCGAAGGCUAGAAAUUAACAAGCAUUUAGUCAAGAACGGGAAGACAAGUGGAAAGCACGAUUAGCAGAGUUGGCUACUAAUCCAAUACCCAUGAAAAGAUCGCAAAAUAUGCUUACCAGUAAACGACUUGAUUAUUCACAGUAUCUUUCUC